AUUUAUGGUGCAUGCCAAAUGUGCUACAGCUAUGAUGAAAUCGAUAUUGGAUUCCCUUUUUUAAGCCGGUUUUGAUGGAAGAUUAUAAGUUUUUAUUUAAAGUUGUUCUUGUUGGCAAUGCUGGGGUUGGGAAAACAUGUUUAGUACGAAGAUUUACCCAGGGAUUAUUUCCGCCAGGUCAAGGUGCUACUAUUGGAGUUGACUUUUUAAUAAAAACUGUUGAAAUAGAUGGUGAAAAAGUUAAGCUGCAAAUAUGGGAUACAGCUGGUCAAGAACGUUUUCGUUCCAUCACUCAAAGUUACUAUCGCAGUGCUCAUGCUCUCGUCCUUGUAUAUGAUAUCAGCACUUUGUCCACUUUUCAAUCUUUGCCCAUGUGGAUAAAGGAAAUAGAACAAUAUGCUAAUCCAAAGGUUUUAAAAGCUCUUGUUGGCAACAAAAUGGAUAGAGAAGAUAGAGCAGUUUCGUCAUAUGAAGGAGAAGAGUUUGCUUGCCUCAAUAAUAUGUUUUUCAUUGAAACCUCAGCCAAAGAAGCUGAAAAUGUUGAGAAACUUUUCACUGAAAUAGCUUCGAAACUUACUCGAGAAGCUAAAGUCAACAAUCAACGAUAUAGUGAAAGAUCUCAUCUUGAUUCCAUUCCAGGUUACUUAGACUCUAUUGAAACUCAUGACCAUAAUUGCUGUUCUUAA